AUGUGUGGCCGGGUCUCGUCGAAUGGGUCGCGAUCUGAGAGUUGGCGUCAUUUCUCCGUACCGCUACCGCGUGUUCGGAAAUUUGCGUUCGGAGCAGUCUUCCAGUUUCUCCGACGUAGUUGCUUUGUCCGCAACUGCACCAGAUCGGGUAAACGACUCCAGACGUUUCUUGCCGUGGAAGUGGGUCUUUCGGUUUCAUUAACUGACGCCUCAUGGUUGCCGCCGGUCUGUGUGCAACUCCAACUCCAAGUGGUGCAAGAAGGCGAUCGUUUCUUCUUCUUCUUCUUCUUCUUCUUCUUCUUCUUCUUCUUCUUCUUCUUCUUCUUCUUCUUCUUCUUCUUCUUCUUCUUCUUCUUCUUCUUCUUCUUCUUCCUCUUCCUCCUCCUCCUCUUCUUCUUCUUCUUCUUCUUCUUCCUCUUCUUCUUCUUCUUCUUCUGA